CCGACUGAGCCACCCAGGCCCCCAGGAAUUGUGAUUUUAAACAACUCAUGACAGGAGUGAUGUGGGAGCUUGGCACAGAGAACUCAGUCGAGGGAACAGGGAGGCCUUGAGAAGGGCUGACAUUUACCGUCAGAGCUGAGGUUGGGGUCAGAUUUAGCUAGCUGUAGAGUUUUUGGAGCAAGGGAGUAUUUUCAAGAGAGCAUUUCAGGCAAAGGGAGUAGCAUAAAGACAACCCCAAAGCAGGAGAGAGCCUUGUGUCCUCCAUGAGCUGGGAAGACCAGAAUGGCUGAGUCGAGACAGCAAAGUGGGGAGCACAGAGCAGGGCAGGCUGGACUGGGUCAGGUCUUAGAUUGGACUCUGCUCUGGGACCAGUAGAGAGACAUGGUAGCGAUGUGAGCACUGGGAGGAUGUGAUUCACCUUUGGUCUGUGCAUGUGGAUUAAAAUGGACUUCAGGAUUCAGAAGGAAGACUUCAGAGGCAAGACCGGGCAUGGUAAGAGGAGGUUAAGGGAUAAGGUGAUGGUUCCCUAAGCCCCAAUGGUGGUUGUGGAGUAGGAACGAAGUGGGAAGAGGAGACCCGGGAGUUCAGAACUGAGAAAAUGUAAUGAUACUUUCAUUCGUGCUUGUGUUUGUUAGAUGGUACCGGGCCCUUCCUCUGCCCCCAGCUCCUGUCCAUGAGAACCUGCAGGCCUCCCCCCUCACCCAGGCCCAUGCUUUCAUCCUGCUUUGCCACUCAUAGGCACCCUCCUCCGCAUCCUGGAAGAAGUCAGGCCUGAGUAGUCCACAGCUGCCCUGUCUACUGCAGGAACCACGAGUCACCUGUAGCUAUUUCAGUGAAACCAAUGAGAAACACGAUCAAAAUUUCAUUUUUUUUUUCAUUCGUCCUGGCCACAUUUCAGUGGCUCAGUAUCCACAUGUGGCUGUGGCUACCAGCUGGACAGAGCAGAGUUAGAGGACAUCUCUGGCAUCCCAGAAAGUUCUGCUGGGCAGCACUGGCUCCAGGUGGCCUACCGUCUCCGACCUUCUUCUGGCACAGACAUGCAUCCAGCUGCAGGCAUCACUGAAUCUCUAAACUGAGCACAGACCCCCUCUGCCCUCCUGUGACAUGUCACCUGCUAGAAGACCCUGAUGGGGUCCUCGGAGCCUGAAAGUGCCCCAGAACCUGGCCUGCGUGCGCGGUGGGGACGAGAGGAGGAGCGUCCGGGUUCUCUGAGUCCCAGGAUGGCAGCCGUGGUUCUGUCCCCCACCUGCGCUCAGCCUUCCCUGUUCUCAGCCUCUCCUCAAAAAGGGUGCACAGAGGAGGAAGGGUCAGUGCAUGGCUUCCUGACAAGCUGGUUACCGGACUUGGUGACCUUCGAGGAUGUGGCCGUGGAGUUCACGCAGGAGGAGUGGGCACUGCUGGACCCCUCUCAGAGAACACUGUACAGAGACGUGAUGCAGGAGAACUGCAGGAACCUGGCAUCCCUGGGGUAUCACGUUGAUAAACCCAGUCUUAUCUCCCAGUUGGAACAAGAAGACAAGGUGGUGACGGAGGAGCGGGGAAUCCUCCCAGGCUCCUGUCCAGAUUUGGACACAGUACUUAAAGCCAAAUGGUUAACUCCCAAGAAACAUGAUUUUAGAAAAGAACAUUCCAGUGGUAUAAAAGCGGAAAGAAAUCAUCUUGGAGUAAAACUCAACGAAUGUAACCAGUGCUUUAAAGUCUUCAGCACAAAAUCUAACCUCACUCAGCACAAGAGAAUUCAUACUGGAGAAAAACCCUAUGACUGUAAUCAGUGUGGCAAAUCCUUCAGCAGUAGAUCUUACCUUACUAUUCAUAAGAGAAUACAUAAUGGAGAGAAACCCUAUGAAUGCAAUGACUGUGGGAAAGCCUUUAAUGAUCCCUCUUCCCUUAGACUGCACGUGAGAAUUCACACUGGAGAAAAACCCUAUGAAUGUAAUCAGUGUUUUCAUGUUUUUCGCACUAGUUGCAACCUCAAAAGCCACAAGAGAAUUCAUACAAGAGAGAAUCACCAUGAAUGUAAUCAGUGUGGCAAGGCCUUCAGCACAAGGUCCUCCCUUACUGGGCACAAUAGUAUUCAUACAGGGGAGAAACCUUAUGAGUGCCACAAUUGUGGGAAGACCUUUAGGAAGAGCUCAUAUCUGACACAGCAUAUGAGAACUCAUACUGGAGAAAAACCCUAUGAGUGUAAUCAGUGUGGAAAAUCCUUCAGCAGUAGCUUUUCUCUUACUGUGCACAAGAGAAUCCAUACUGGGGAGAAACCCUAUGAAUGCAGUAACUGUGGGAAAGCAUUUAAUAAUCUCUCAGCUGUUAAGAAACACGUGAGAACUCACACUGGAGAAAAACCCUACGAAUGUAAUCACUGUGGAAAAUCUUUCACCACUAACUCUUACCUUUCUGUGCACAAGAGAAUACAUAAUAGGUGGAUAUGAAUACAAUAACUAGGAAAGCAUUCAUUGAUUUCUUAAUUCUCAGACAACUGAUGGGAACUCACUAGAUGUAUGAGUUAGCUGUUGCUGCGUAACAAAUUUCCCUCCGAAGCACAGGGGCUUCAGACAACAUACGUUAAUUAUCUCACAGUUUCUGUAGGUCAGGGAUUUGGAAACAGCUUAGCUCUGUAGUUCUGGCUCAGGAUCUGUCAUGAGGUGAGGCCAAGAUGUGAGCUGGAGCAAUGCUCAUCUGAGUCUUUACUGCUGAAGAAUCUUCUUCCAAAAUGGCUAGCUCACAUGUCUGGCACAUUAAUGCCAGUUGUUGGCAGGGAACCUUCAUUACCUCACUCUCCACAGGGCUAUAAGUAUCUUCAUGAUGCAGCAGCAGGUUCCUCCCAAAGCAUUUGAUCUAUGGGAGUGCUAACGCAGAAGCCACAUUGUCUUUUUCGACCUAGCCUCCAAAGAAUCUGUUAUCACGUCUUCCAGACUGUAUUGCUCACACAGUGGGGGAAGAAACUACACAGGGUAUGUAUAGUAGCAGACAGAUCAUAAGGAACCAUCUGAGAAGCUUGCCAUGAAAUCAGUGAAGAAAAGCCUUUAGCGGACUCUCGUUCUUUUAACCUAGUCUAUAUGAAGUAGCCUUUAAUAAGUCAUGUUAAUUCACUCUGGAGAGAAACAUCAUGCGUGCAAUCUUUGUGGUACGCUUGCAACGCAGACUCACCCCAACGUCCACAAAAGAUUACUUGCGGGGAGAAACCUGAAGGAGACAGUAGCUGUAGGAAAGCCUUUGUGAUAUUUCUAGGGAGUCGUGCAACAGUUCAGACUAAGGAGAAAACCUUAUGAAUAUCAUCAGAAUGCAGAAACCUUCAUGGACUCCCAUCACUGAGAGCACAUGUGAGAAAUCACUACUGAGGAAUAUUCGUAGAAAGAAUGUGGAAAACCCUUCAGCACAAGUGUUCGCAUUACCGAGCAAAAGAUGGGAGAGAUUCUGAACACAGUUACUGUGGGAAAGCCUUGAAUGUCCUCUCAGUUUCUAAGAAGCAUGAGGAUUUAUCCCGGGGAGAGAGUCCUGUUGAAUGUCAUCAGUCCUGCAAAGUCAUUUUUCCACAUUCCUUAGGAAGCUGAGAAUUCCCUGCAGACACUUGUGAAUAUAAAGACCAAGGGAAUGCCUUGACAAAUACCUCCUACAUUAGGAAAAAUAGCAAGUUUUCUCUGGAUGCAAAAGUUGUGAGUGUAUUAAUUUUGAAAAAUCUUUUAGUGAUUCUUUGUUGAUUUGUGAGAACCUACAUUGGAGGCAAACCCUAGAAAAGUAAUCAGUAUGAGGAUGCCUCAGCUCUUUACUGAAUGGCCACAAAAUAAACUGGGAAUGGAAAGAAUAGUGAGUGUGAGAUUGCUUCUGUCAGUGUCUCAUACUAAGAUUGGGCCACUAAUUCAUUAGUCUUUAGUCUUUUGUUUUAGUAUAAACAUAUAUCUAUAGCUGUACCCUAAAAUAAACCUUAAGUUAUGUCCCAUAGUUUUGUAGGUAAUAUGUUUGCUAUAAUUUACUCUUUAAAAAUAUUAGUGCAUAGCAUAUCCAGAAAGGCAUUUCUGAAUAUCUCCUGAGUAAAUUCUUUUAUCGUAGUGGAAAUUAAACUAUAUUUACUGUGUACUUUUCAUAGUUUAAAGGCAUUAUUGUCAGGUAAGUGGAGUUGAUGAUGCGGAUUCUUUUUUUACCUUUCUACCCUAGUAUGGCAUUUUGUUUAGCUUCUUUCCCAAUGUCCAUUGUCCCCUGCUUAUUUACUUUAAAAAAUGUUUUUAUUGUUGUUCAAGUUAUCAAUGAGCAGGAUUGAAAAUAAUCUAUAAGGCUUCUUUGAAGCCCAGAGGGGUAUUGCCUUACUCUCCUGACCAUAUAGAAGUAGGUAGAAGUCACUGGGGAGAACAUCAUUUGGCUUGUUUGCCUCAUCUAUAUCCUGUUCAUCUUGCCCGUUCUUUCUCUUGGAAAUGGACUCAAGGCCAAGAGUUGGAAGAGCUAUAUUUUUAUCAUAAUGACAAAAACCACAGUGCAGCAAAAAAUUACAAUGAUACGGGCAUCUCCAAAACUUCUGAUUGGCAGUAUCUGCUCUGGACUGCUUGUUCCCAGACUUAUCCUUAUAUGAUUAAAAGUAACCUCUAACUGGUUGAAGCCAAAGUCCUUUUUUUAGUUUGUUUUUGAGAUGAUGUUCUGUUCCUGUCCAGCUAAAUGCAAUAUCUAACUGGUAAGCCUAUUAGUUGGUCACAUUUUAUUAGUGUUUCAUGUUUCUUUGAAAAUAAUGUUUAUUCUCUAAGUUUUAGAUGUAGAGUAUGUACCCAUAAACUCAAGCUAAUUGUGUUUUCAGAUAUAGUAUGUACUUUGAGAUUUCUGUCCUCAAAUUUAUUUAAUGAUAGAUAUGUAUUAAAGUCUUGUGCUAUGGGUAUGGAUUAACA